GUCUCGCGUGUAGAAUCGCAAACAAAAGUGCGUCACCACAACACUGCAGGACUGUCGCUAUACGGUUGUGUUUUCGUUACAACAAACCGAAUAUAGAAUUUUACUUGGUAUUUGUUGUUGUUGUUGCAGCACUGCUUUAAAAAUAUGGUGAAGAUAGCAUUUAAUUCCGCUCUGGCGCAGAAAGCGCUUGGAAAAGAAGUACCGGUCUCAGAGAAGGACCCUGAGACCGGCUCGGUGUACAGCAGCGAGAGUUCCACCGGCCGCUGUCUGCUCACUCUGCUCGGCCUGGCCUUCAUCAUUUCAGGCCUCGUUGUCGGCGGAGCCUGUGUGUACAGGUAUUUUACACCCAAGAAGCUCUAUCACGGAUCCAUGCAGUUCACGGAUAUCGACAGCGCCGAUAUGCCCAUGGACAUGGAGGCCCACGCGCCUUACUACCUACCCCGUGUUGACGAGGACGUGGAGAUCCGUGACAACGUGGCCAUCAUUAACGUCCCAGCUCCUCGCUUUGGGGCCGGGGAUCCAGCUUACAUCCUGCAUGAUUUUAAGAGGAAGCUGACUGCUUAUUUGGACCUAACUCUGAAGACAUGCUUUGUGAUCCCACUCAACACCUCUGUGGUGAUGCAGCCCCAGGACCUCUUGGAUUUAUUCUUGCAGCUCAUGUCUGGCUCGUACAAAACUCACUUGGUGCAUGAGGAUCUGGUGGUGACCGAGCGCAUUGAUGACCUUACCCCCUUGGGCUAUUAUAUUUACAGCCUGUGUGAGGACAGGCCAACAUACAAGAUGCAACGCCGCAGCGAGAUAAUGGGCUUCCAGAAGCGCUCCGUGGAGGAUUGCAGCAUAAUCCGCCACUUUGAGAAUAAAUUCGUCACCGAAACGAGGAUCUGCCGUGCCUGAGCAAGCGGGAGGUCAGGAGGGGACAGACAUCCACCCCCUUUCGUGGCAGGGUAGAGAGAUGUGAAGUGAGCUGAAGGAGGGAGCAAGGGAGGUCUGAGAGGAAAGGGCCUGUCUUCCAUCUCCUGCUGUAGUGUUUAGCAUAGGGUGUCUUUUUUUUUUUUGUAUUAAUUUCGAGACAGCAGACGUUUCUCUUCUCCCCCUUUGCGGUGUAGUGAUGUAGCUCUCCUAAAGCAGUUUGUGAUUUCUUACACGUUUGUCACUGUACACCAUGAUUCCCUCUUCAGCCUGCCUGCAGCUCAAACCUUGUUUUGUGUGUGUGUGUGUGUGUGUGUGUGUGUGUGUGUGUGUGUGUGUGUGUGUGUGUGUGUGUGUGUGUGUGUGUGUGUGUGUGUGUGUGUCCUUUUCUUUGUCACCAUUUUUUUUGUGGGUAAUGAUUUGUGAACUGUGCAAAAUGUUAACCUUGGUGAACUUUUUUUUUUUUUUUUUUUUUUUUUGGUUUGUUUAUUUCCUUCUGCAGAAGUAUUUCUAUCUAAGCACACGGUGAUACACCUCUAGUCUAUUCUUUUUUGCUAUUUCCCGGUAAUUACUUAUCAGUGUAUAAAGACCCACUUGGUCUCUAGAGGUCUGAUCAGCUUGCAGCUCUUAAAGUGCGACCCUUUGCGUUCAUGUAUUUUAGGAACGAACCACGUAUGACGUGUCGUGUCAUCUCUGCACGUGUUGUUUUUUUCAAUUUAAUUUAUUUAUUAAAUUUUUUUUUUUUUUGCAUCUAGCAGACCACUGUGGCGCUGCUUCCUAAUAGUGUCCCUGCUACCGUUUAUACACGUUAUGGUGUCCGUUAGACAUGGCUCGAUUUUUGUAAAUUAUACCUCCCGAUCCAAAUUCUACAUGCCUCAUAAUGAAGGCUAGUCAGUACAAAUGCACUACGGUAAGAUUUUAGAAGUUUCACAGAUUAGGACCGUGAACAGCUUCCUUGCAUGAUUUCACACAUGGUCUUGCCUGACCAUCUUUGUCGUCUUGCGUCUUAUCUCAUGAACUCUGGCCUGAAGAAUUCUUGUGGCGUCACGUUGUAAAAUGUCACCGCUGGGACACGGUGGUGUGUUAACAAUCACUCGACUGAUCAGCGACUUGAACCCACUACUCAGGCCGUUUAAAAAAAUGAAUAAAUAAAUAAAAAUUUGUUUUGUUUUGGUGUUGGACUUGAUGUACAUCCUUCAGCAAAAGGAUGUAGCAUUGAUAUGAUACAAAUAAUUACCAGCAGGUUCACCCAACCCACCCGCACAAGUCAAUAUAAACAUGUGUUCACUCCGUAUUGGUGUAAAUCUACCCAAAGCCACCAGACCUGUCACCUUUUUUUUUUCUCUCCCCACAAUAGUUUUCCAUUGCAACAUUCUGGCGUAACCCCGCACGGCACCGUGGUUGUUCAAUUGUUUCGAAAUUCCCCGCGUUCUAAAAAAAAAAAAAAAAAAAAAAGUUACAUGUAUAUUUUGGAAAGAUCCAGUAGUUUAACUGCUGCUCAGAAAAUGACAAUCAAGACUGGAGUCUCUGUUGCUGUAUUUUCUGCUCGACCCGAUUCAGAAAAAACCAGACGCGAAAGAUGCUUGACUGAAUAAAAAUAAUGUACUACUGAAACGUUAAACUGCUGAUUGAAGUUUGUUUGGAAAUAAAAAAAAAAUUUUAAAAAUGCA